AUGUCCGGCCUACUCGUCCCUUUAUUUCUAAUUUCCGCCCGAUUCUGGAGUACGGUAGCCGGCGGGGAUACGGUAGAAUCGCUGCGGGAGCGGGUGAUCGACCCGGAAACCGAAUUUUUGUCCGAGCGAGAAUUGGUCGACUAUGUGAAUGGGUGCCAGACAGCUUGGCAGGCCGAAUACCACACUCGACUCGGCUCGUACUCGGACAGCUUGAAGGCGGGCCUCAUGGGCGUUCCGUAUAUCCGUCCACCCAUCUUGGCCAGAAAGCAACUCUCUACCACGAGACAUCUCAACAUCUCUAUCCCCGACCGCUUUGAUGCCCGAGAUUGGUGGCCCGAGUGUCGUGACCGCAUCGCUCACAUCAGGGACCAGAGUUCGUGCGGCAGUUGUUGGGCGGUGGCGGCGACGGAAGCCUUCUCGGACCGAAUCUGUGUGGCGAGUCGUGGGUCGAUACAGAUCGACGCGUCAGCCGGCGAUCUGAUGGAAUGCUGUAAGGAUUGUGGAUAUGGAUGCGAAGGCGGCUACCCGUUCCAGGCGUGGCAGUACUUCGUGAAGAGCGGCGUCGUGACGGGCGGAGACUACAAGGGGCCCGGUUGCAAGCCGUACCCCUUCCCGCCGUGCCACAAAAAUCACACGCACUAUCGCGGGGACGUGUGCAAGGACGGAAUGUUUCAUACGCCAAAAUGCGAGAGGAAAUGCGACGCUCACGGCUACCCGAAGCAGUACCGAAAUGAUAAAAUUUAUGGUGGGUUCGGGCCGGCCGUGACAAAUUUUGUACAGGGUGCCCCA